AUGUCAAGAGAACAAUUGAUUGCAGAUUGGAAAGCUUUGUGUUUCAUCGCGAUUUUCUUCACUGGUCAAAGCGUGAACUCACAGGCCUCAGGUAUUUCUUAUCCAGUACUGACUGGUCAGCAGUUACGCUUGUGGUAUGGCGAUGAUCUGAAAGGUUCCACCGAAAGCGACAGCAGAGGCACAGUUUACUGUGACGUCUACGCCCUGUUUGUCACAGGCGCUAUAUAA